AAAGAUCUCAGAUCCGCUCCCUGCGCUCAUGACGUGCAAGCUGCUCGACUCUGUGGAGAUCACGUCGUGCAAAACCGCGAUAUUCCACAAAGUCGUCUGGCAGGGGGCAGUGUCGAUGUUGUCCUCGCUACCAGCUAGUACGCGGCGUAUCAAGUUUAUCACCUCCGGCUGUGAGGGCUUCGUGGACGACGAACACCGGUACUAUUUUGCCAACUUUGUGCGUUUGUUAGACUGGCGAGCGAUUGGUCGCCUCCUGGAGAGACGUACAUCACCCCCGGUGUUGGAGAUUGGUGCCGAAAGCGCCCGUGGACACGCAUGUGUAGGCUUCCAACACAACCCUACUGCCCAGGCAGAGGUUCUGGAAAACUUCUCGGAUCGUUUGUGUAACAUGACUACAUUUCUCUGACUUACGGAUGAGUAGGAUCCACUUAUUAAAACAGCUACUCAGCUGCAUGUAUUACAACCUGUCUCAUUAGUAUCUACAAAUCAUGCGGUAGACAACUCAGCGGAAACAGAUAAUCUUACUCAAGCGAGGGGAUAGCAGGGUGCGGAUGUGAUUCUGUAUCUCAGGAGAAAGGGGGGAGCGUGAUGCUCCGGCAGCGCAGUCGAUGUUGAACCGAGCUAAGUACACGUGUUGUUCCAGGGUUCCAUUGAGCCCCUGCCAAUCGCUGUCGUUCCAGUUCUUGUCAGUGCGGAGGGAAAUGUGCAUCCCAUGACCCACGUCGUGAGGAUGGACGAGCGGCCAGUGGUAGGUUAUGGAUGGUACGUCAACGUUUUUCUGGGGGCCCGGGAUUGUGAGCGUCACGGAUACGAGCUCUUUGCACGACUCCAGAGCGCGGAC